UCAGACGAUUCAGACGAUUCCGAGGACUAUCCACUAUUGAGCCCUGCCGAACAAGCUCGCAUACUGAUGAGGGAAGAGCCGGAAGAUGGAGACGCAAAACAAACCGCAAUAGCUCCAAAGACGGCGAAUGAGAUACCAGACGAGCAAUUUACGAAGCCUGACGUUACAAUAACGCAAGACAUGCAAAUCACUGAGCUCGGUAAGGUUAGACACGUGGUGGGAAACCUCAUACUCGUCGCCGGGUUCACAUCAGGCGAGUAUCAAGUUCUUGAGUCUGGAUCGAUCUUGUGUUCGCAGGAUCGAACCCUCAUCGGCGCAGUCAACGAGCCUAUAGGGCCCGUUCAGGGUCCUUUAUACUCAGUCGGCUUUCCAACUGCAGCAGAUAUUGUAGAUGCAGGUAUCAAGGAAGGGACAAUUGUGUACUAUGUGAACCAGUUGUCAACAUACGUCUUUACAGAGCCAUUGAAGGCAGUUAAGGGCACUGAUGCGUCCAACGUGCACGAUGAAGAGGUAUUAGAAGAU